GCCUGCCAGGCCCAGCCCCACCUUCGCCGCGCGGAGCUUGGGAGGGCAGCUGCUGUCGAGCGCCGACUUUGCGGCGAUGAGCAGGACGUAGGGAGGUGCCCGCGGAGAGAGCGAGAGAAGCGGAACUCUGGCCUUGUAGGAGCGCGCACGGCGGGAGAAUUGCUGAGGCAUCUGUUGCCUGUACCCGGCUGGCUGUGCCAUGAUGCCUUUUGGAGGAAUUGCUGCCAAGCUGGAACGAGACCGUCUGCGGGCAGAAGGCGUGGGAGAUCACCACAAUGCUGUGAAGUACCUCGGUCAAGAUUAUGAAACCCUCAAGCAGCAAUGUUUGGAGAGUGGCACACUGUUUGAGGACUCCCAGUUUCCUGCUGUCCCGGCAGUCCUUGGCUUCAAGGAACUGGGGCCCGGUUCUGGCAAAACCCGUGGAGUGCGCUGGAUGCGUCCAACAGAAAUUAUCAGUGACCCUCAGUUUAUUGUUGGCGGUGCUACAAGGACAGAUAUCUGCCAAGGGGCUCUGGGUGACUGCUGGUUGCUGGCUGCCAUUGGCUCCUUGACUCUCAAUGAGGAACUUUUGCACAGGGUUGUACCCCAUGGACAGAGCUUCCAGGAGGACUAUGCGGGCAUCUUCCACUUCCAGAUCUGGCAAUUUGGUGAAUGGGUGGAUGUGGUGAUAGAUGACCGGCUACCAGUCAAAGAUGGAGAGCUGGUAUUUGUGCACUCGGCAGAGUGUCAAGAGUUUUGGAGCGCUCUGCUGGAGAAAGCGUACGCCAAGUUGAAUGGCUCUUAUGAGGCCCUGUCCGGGGGCAGCACCACAGAGGGCUUUGAGGACUUCACAGGCGGUGUGUCGGAAAUGUAUGAUCUCAAGAAGGCGCCUCGUGACCUAUCCAGGAUCAUUUGCAAAGCUCUUGAGAGGGGCUCCCUGCUUGGCUGCUCCAUUGACAUCACAAGUGCAUUUGACAUGGAAGCUGUUACCUUCAAGAAGCUAGUGAAAGGUCAUGCCUAUUCCGUCACAGGAUUUAAGAAUGUGGAAUAUCGUGGUCGACAAGAACAGCUCAUUCGCAUAAGGAAUCCCUGGGGUCAGGUGGAGUGGACUGGAGCCUGGAGUGAUAGCUCUUCUGAAUGGAACGAUGUGGAUCCUGAUCAGAGGGAGGACCUGCAACUGAAAAUGGAAGAUGGUGAAUUCUGGAUGUCUUUUCGAGACUUCAUGCGUGAAUUUUCCAGGCUGGAGAUCUGUAACCUCUCUCCAGAUGCUUUGACCAAGGAUGAGCUGAGCAAAUGGCACACCACCCUGUUUGAGGGCAGCUGGCGCCGGGGCAGUACAGCUGGAGGCUGCAGGAACAGUCCAGCGACGUUCUGGAUUAAUCCACAGUUCAAGAUCAAGCUCUUAGAAGAAGAUGAUGACCCAGAGGAUGAUGAAGUGGCUUGCAGCUUCUUAGUGGCCUUGAUGCAAAAACACCGGCGAAGGGAGCGCCGAGUUGGAGGAGAUAUGCACACCAUUGGCUUUGCAGUCUAUGAGGUAACCUCACGUGGCCAGGGCUGCCAGAGUGUUCACCUGAAGAAGGAUUUCUUUCUGAGGAACCAGUCCAGGGCACGUUCUGAGACCUUUAUCAACUUGCGGGAGGUGAGCAACCACAUCCGCCUGCCCCCUGGCGAAUACAUCAUAGUGCCCUCUACCUUUGAGCCCAACAAGGAAGCAGAUUUCAUCCUGCGCGUCUUCACAGAGAAGCAAUCAGACACAGAGGAGCUGGAUGAGGAGAUCUCUGCAGAUCUGCCAGAUGAGGAAGAUAUCUCUGAGGAUGACGUGGACGAGGGCUUCAAGAACAUGUUCCGGCAGCUUGCAGGCGAGGACAUGGAAAUUAGUGUCUUUGAACUGAGGACUAUCCUGAACAGAGUCAUUGCCAGACACAAAGACCUGAAGACUGACGGGUUCAGCAUGGAUUCUUGCCGCAGCAUGGUCAACCUGAUGGACAAAGAUGGCAGCGCUCGCCUGGGCCUUGUGGAGUUUCAGAUAUUGUGGAACAAGAUCAGGAUCUGGCUGAAUGUCUUUCGUCAGUUUGACCUGGAUAAAUCAGGCACUAUGAGUGCUUAUGAGAUGCGUCUGGCUUUGGAAUCAGUUGGCUUCAAACUGGACAACAAGUUGCAUCAGGUGGUGGUGGCACGCUAUGCUGAUGAUUCACUGGGUGUGGACUUUGAUAACUUCGUCUGCUGCUUAGUCAAGUUGGAGACGAUGUUCAGAUUCUUCCGUAGCAUGGAUACUGAAGGUACAGGGAGUGCUGUGAUGAAUCUCAGUGAGUGGCUGGUGUUCACGAUGUGCGGCUAAAGCAGAGGUGGAACUUCGCUGAGACGAGCCUAUUGGACUGGGCUGCCUCAAGUGCCUCCCUUACGUCCGGCUGACAGACCUAGGGUGGCCCCUCCUCCCCCUCCCUUCCUCACCACCCCAUUGCUGAGCCCCAAGCCCGCUUCCUUUCCCCACCUGACCACAGACACGAUGACGGUCCCCCGUGAUUGAAGCUCCCUUGCAUCACUUACUGGGGAUCAAAGCUCCUGCGGGGAGCAGGGCAGAGGGGGAAGGCAGCUCUUUCCUGCUGUGAGUGUAGCUUGUGAUGCCACUUUGAGGAACUGGGAUAACCCAGGGAGGGGCAUGGGUGCAUGUUGGAUCACUGCAUGCAGCCUUUAGCAUAGUUGCCCUUGUCGGAGCGGCCUGCCUUCAGAGCUACCCAAUGGGCAAGGGGGUAGGGUAGUGUCGCUUCCUCUGAAAGGUUGGCCUGUUCUCUUUUCCCUGGCUGCAGCCGCUGCUGCUUUCAUCCUUCCAAAACAUCUUCACCUGCUCUCUCCUUUGAGCACUGGGGCAGCUACUUCUUUGCUUUUUCUCCUGUAAAUUCAGUGUGCCCUUCAUUCAACUCCUAAAGGAAUGGGCUUACAAAGCGGGUGAUGUCAAGCAUUUGCGAUGACCACUAAAUGAGCUCCGUGCCCAAUGGUGGAAGCAUCCAAGGAGGAUGCAGGAAGCAUCCAAGAGGCAGCGUGAGAGAGUUCAUUAUUUGCAAACCCAGCAUUUCUCACAUUAUGGGGCUGCUCUGAGAGGUCCUCAUGGAAGUCCGUUCCCGCCCCAGUUCUUGGAGGCAGAGCUGAUGACCCUGGCACCAAGAACGGGAUGCUGUGCGUCUGGACUGCUGUGCUCUCCUCUUAGAGCAGGAAAGGGUAGUCCUGCAGGCUCAGCUAAAGAGAGAAGACCGAGGUUGUCUCAUUAGGUUUGUGUGAAAUCUCAGGUAGAAAUGAGCAACCUGCUCCAUACUAGAAGAUACAGUGGCCAAAAAAAUACUGCUUCAGACAUCUAAAGUAAGAGAGUUCUAGCAUCAUUAGCACCAAAUACUUACAGUAAUUUAGGGUGCAAUCCGGUGCAUGUUUAGACAGAAGUAAGUCCUACAAAUCCCCCCAUUCCCCAGCCAGCAUGACUGGCUAGACAAUGCUGGGAAUAGUUGUACUUUUUUCUGUUUAAACAUGCAUAGGAUUGUGCCUUUAGCCACUUAAACACUUUUAAACGUAAGAAAAACAGGGAAGCAUGACAACUGUGGGAUGCUUUCUUAUAGUUGCAUGUUUACCUCCACAAGAGUUUGGGCAAAAACCCUGUUCUAUUUUUUUAUUUUAUUUUUUAAAGUAAAAUUGGUCACUGAAAAAAAAAAUAGCAGCACUAAAACUUUCAAGAUUCAAACAGGGUCCUGUGGGGACUGCCUAAAGUUCUCACAAAUGGUAAGCAGCACACAGAGUGGAUCUAGACCCCUAGAUUCUAGGUGUUAAGCUUGAAGCCUGUUGGUUUUUGCUCUUUUCUGCCUCCUUGCCCUUUCUGUAGGGCUCAGUGGAUAACCUGGGAGCACCAGAUGCUGCAGCAUCUCUGACGUUGUAAGGAACUGAUCGCUGCAGGUCUUGUGGAAAGCUCUCUUGGAGCUUUCUUUAGAAGAGCAGGAUACAUGCACAGUAAAUGAGCAGGCUAGCACAACCAAAGGGUAAAGCCCCUUUUGGGGUACUGUUCACAGCCCUGCCUCUCACUUGUGCUGAGGCCUUGGCUAAAUCUUUUUUCUGCAUUUAGCUUUUUCAUUCUGGGGGACUUCUGAAUAUAAUUAGGGGAGUGGAUUGUUUUUGGAGCACUUCUUAAUGCUAAGCAGCUACAGUGUUGUUGAAUGGAGUCCUAAAUCUUUCUUUCAUGCUUUGCCUCUGCAUCCUGGUCAUAGGUCUAAUAGGGUCAGGGCAAUUUCAGCCUUCUGCAAGCAUCCCACCUUGCACAGUAGGCAGCUUGUGCAGACUCGGCUUUCUCUUAAGAUAGAAAUCUUGAACACAACCUCAUCUUUGAUUAAUUAACUUAGAAUAACAACUUUGCCAAACUUUGAUGCUACUCUGGCAGGAUCUCCACUCUAUGUUCUAAAUUUGGGUUGGGAAAAGGGAGUGGGGGGAGCCCCAUGCCUCUAGCCAAGCUAAAUUCAGGACAACAGGGAGAUUUACAGUGCAAUCCUAUACAUCUCUACUCAGAAGUAAAUCCCAUUGUGUUUAAUGGGACUUACUCCAGGUAAGUGGUUAUAGGAUUGCAGGCUUCAGGCCUGUUGAGUUCCUAGACAAUGUAUGGAAACUGCAAUUGCCCCCUCUAGUUUCAGUGGUAAUGUCUGGCACCAUUGGUUGGGAGGUGGUUCAUUUCAUUAGCUGUUAAUAGGUGCUGUAUAAUCACAGCUCUAUAAUCCAUCGCUUAAAAAGAAAAAAAGGAGGGAUGAUUUCCAUGCUCAAACGAAACCAUACAAACUAAGAAAAUGUGUUCCUGUUUUGCAUAAACUGUUUUGAAGAUUUGGGUUUUCAGCGGCUUCCAUGUGAGCUAGGGUGACAAAAGAAAGUGGGAGUCCAACGCUCUCAGAAGGACCAUGGAUGUAAGGUUUGAGUAGUCAGUCAGGGCUCUGGGCAGGGGUGGCGGGGAGGGAAAUACCUCCAAGAGCAGGAAACAGAAGGAUGCAGUGCGCUAAAGCCUUUGUCUCUGACCUUUGGAUGGCCUACCACCUUCUUGAUCUGCUGCCAACGCAUUUCCAGGCUUACCUAUCCCAUAUGAAUAUUUCUAAAAGGAAAUUAAAGAGUGUCAGGAUGCCAAAUGCCCUUCCACAAAUCUAGACUUAUGCAGCCACUUUGUGGAUGGAGAGGGUACACACAACCUUAGUCAAGCGGCUUAAUCCUUCAUCCACUUGAAGGCGGGGAGUCCGCAACAUACAGGCUAGGAUGCUGCGCUUAAUGGAAAGGAGGUGCUUGGAUUAGCUGUAGCAGAAUUGGAUUUGCAAAAGGGAACUGCAAUGAAGUAGUUGCUGCUACUGUUCUUUCUCUCCCUCCUGUCCCUCAUUCUCUUCUAUGAGGACAUUCCAAGGCCUGGAUAAAUCUUCACCCCUUUCUUCACUGCUCUCCUUCUGUAGCUGCAGCAGCAAUGGGAUGUUCCCCUGCCCAACAUCAUCCCCAUUGCCUUCAUGCCCCCUGUCUAUAUCCCAGCUGGCAGUGGCCUUAGUGCUUUGUUACAGGGAUCCGCACCCUCCUGCUGCCUUAGAACUCCUGCAAAACAUGGUUGCAAUCAUAACCACUUCAGCUCAGAGAGCCGAGCUGCCUCCUCAGCCCAACUUGCAACGUAUGUGAAAUAAUAAAUACAGAUAUAUCUAA